AAAUGUGUGAAAUUUGGAAAUAUGAAAUACAAACUUGCAUUACAUUUGCAUGUCAUUUGGAAAUGGAAAGUAAAUUCAAACAUUGUCGAGCAUUGGCGAGGGUGUUUGAGGGACAGUGUUAACUGGAUUAAAAAACUAAUUUAAAAACCGUUUCAGGACACCCUAUGUGAACCAACCUCCUAUAUUUUUAGCCAUACUUACUUGCUCUUGGAUUGAAUGCAAAUUUAAAACGAUGUGCUCAAAAAAGGAGGCUGAGCGGAUGACAGUGCGUCAGUCUCUCGGAGCAAAAGUGCACACAUGCGCGUUCACGUGCCCUGAGCCAUAGAAUAUAAUGGAAUUCGAGUGCUGACGUAAUCGGAUAAGGAACUGCUCAAGAGUCCAAGACGGUCCAUCUUCAUAGUGAAUGCUCUUGGAAUUUCGUUCUGGCUGGACUCUUUUCAAAAACAAAAGUGUUUUUCGUAUCAAAUGCCACUUCCUCUGUACUGUCAGCAGUAGGUGAUAUGUGAUAAUUAAAAGUCAAUUGUUGUCUCAUUGCCAUGGCAUUGCCAGAGCAGCACCAGCCGCUACACGAGACCGAAGUUAGGUGUGAUCGUGAAGGGGGAGCUGUUACUGUGCAGAUAACCGACAGCCGGGAUCAACAGGUGGGUCCAGACCAAGAGGUUGACCCUGUCGACAUGGGCUCCUCCAAACCCUGCAAAUACAGCAUCUCGUCAAGCUGCAGCUCAGUUGUUCCCAGGGCUAUGAGGACUCAUCUGAGCAGGCCGAGGAGAGUCCCGCAGCUGUUCGAGAGGUCCGCCGCGCAGUGCUGGGACCCCAAGUUUGACUCCUCCAUUCUAGAGGAGGCAUGCAGGGAACGUUGCUUCCCGCAGAUGCAGAGAAGAUUCCGCUACAUCCUGUUUUACCUGGCCACGGCUGCGCUGCUGUGGGGGAUUUACUUCGGGAUCAAUAGCACCAGGUGUGACCCUACAACCUUCCUGGUACCCACGGCAGGGUUUCUUGUGCUUUGCCUUCUCCUCCUCUUGUUUACGUUCUCAAGGCCAUAUGCGCGAUUCUACAACCAUGCCUCCUUCCUCCUUACAGUGAUCAUGUUUGGCAUCACUCUGGCGCCCCAGACGCAAACCGCUCUCUUUGCUCUUUUUGAUGGCCAGAAAGCAGGCAAUCAUUCACUACUACCUGCUUUUCAAAAUGCUCCUUGUAUAUCACCAGUUGGGACAUUUUCACUCUGUAUGGAGGUGCUGCUUUUGCUGUACAGUGUGUUGCAUUUGCCCCUGUAUGCGUCGGUGCUUCUAGGCCUGCUGUAUUCUGUCCUCUAUGAGGCUUUAGGUUGGCUGCACCUUGCUCAGUUGGAUGGUGGUUAUGUAGGGUCAGGGGUGGAAAGCUCAGACUGGCAUAAUCUAAGCUGGCUCGGCCCAGGUAAAGUCCUGCUGCACCUGUGCGCACACGUCAUUGGCAUCCACAUAUUCAUCAUGUCCGAAGUGCGCUCUCGGAGUACCUUUCUCAAGGUGGGUCAGGCGAUCAUGCACGGGAAGGAUCUGGAGGUUGAGAAGGCGCUGAAGGAGCGCAUGAUCCAUUCUGUGAUGCCUCGGCUGGUGGCGGACGAGCUGAUGAAACAGGGAGACGAGGAGAGCGAGAGCUCAGGGAAGCGAUACAGCGCAGGUACGUGCUCCGUCGGCACUGCCGCCGCCGCGACCUCGUCCAGCCCCAAAAACAACAAGCGUAAGAAGAAUUCUAUUCCUCGUGGACAAAUCAUUUUCAGGCCCUUCAACAUGAAGCGCAUGGAGCCAGUCAGCAUCCUCUUCGCUGACAUUGUGGGAUUCACCAAAAUGAGUGCCAACAAGUCCGCCCAUGCACUGGUAGGACUGCUGAACGACCUCUUCGGCCGCUUCGACCGUCUUUGUGAGUUGACCCGCUGCGAGAAGAUCAGCACUCUAGGAGAUUGCUACUAUUGUGUGGCGGGCUGCCCUGAGCCUGUCCUCGAACACGCAUGCUGCUGUGUGGAAAUGGGGCUUGGGAUGAUCCAGGCCAUCGAGCAGUUCUGCCAGGAGACGUCAGAGACCGUGGACAUGCGUGUUGGCGUUCACACUGGCACCGUGCUCUGUGGCAUUCUGGGAAUAAAGCGCUUUAAGUUUGACGUCUGGUCCAACGACGUCAACCUGGCCAAUCUUAUGGAACAGCUGGGCGUGGCGGGAAAGGUGCACUUGUCGGAGGUCACAGCAAGUUUUCUGCAUGACUGUUAUGAGAGGGAGGAUGGACGAGUGAUGGAGCGUGCCGGGCACAGUGUCGCUGAUCAGCUGAAAGGUUUAAAGACGUAUUUGAUCUCGGGCCGGAAGAUGGGCUCUCAGUGUGCCUGUUUCCAGCUCAGUUUGGGCCGGGACUAUGGCGAAAUGUUAAGUCCAUCCUCAAACACGCACACUCCAGAUCUCUCACACAGCGCCCUCACAGAACCUCUCUCACAGGGCAAGCCUGUGUGUAGCAUCUCUGUAGAUGCUGUUGACAAUCCGCUAGCAGAUGAGGCAACUCGAAAUGGCUGCCAGGAUGAACAUAGAGCCAACAGCAGCAAGUUUCCUGCAGGCCGUAGCCCUAAAACCCUGAACGGGCUGUUGAGUCCUCUGUGCGAGGAGCGUGUGGGAGUCAGCCAGUCGUCUCUGUGUGACAAACUGCAGGAGAAGGACAGGAGCUGGGCUGGAAGUCUGACCGCAGAAGGAGGCGGCAGCAAGGACCACUCAGCGAUCCUCCCGCUGCGCUCCAAAAACUUUCGGGAGAAAAGUGACGCACAGUUUGUGGAAGUGAUAAAGGAAGACAGUCUGAUGAAGGAUUACUUCUUCAAGCCACCCAUCAACAAGCUGAGUUUGAACUUCUUGGAAAAACCCCUGGAGUCAGCGUACCGCACCAGCUACCAUGAGGAGGUGGUGAAUCACGUGCCGGUGCAGACGUUUGCGAGUCCAGUCUUCAGCUCUCUGCUUGAUGUUUUGCUGUCUUGUGCCGUUUUUCUCGCCCUCACCAUCGCCUGCUUCCUGUAUCCCCUUGUUUUCAUGAAGACACCCCUGGCAACCACGCUCGGACUGGCAAUCACUGCCGCUCUGUUGGAACUGGUUUCUCUCAUUUUGUCCGUUCGUAUGAUCUUUUGCCUGGAUGAUGUGCAGAACUGUACCCGGUCUCUGUUGAAGCUGGUCUCUGGCUGGAUCCCACGUCAUGUGAUCGGGGCUGUGCUCGUUUCACUUCCUGCCGUGUCUGUCUUCUCCCACCUGACUUGGGCUUGCAGUCUGGAGCUGCCCAUCCAGGUGACCAUGUUCCUGUGCUGUGCUCUCAUUAUUGCUAUUAUCCAGUACUGUAACUUCUGCCAGCUCAGUUUCUGGAUGCGCUCUGUUUUGGCCACUGUUGCUGGUUUGUCUUUACUUAUCCUGCUCUACAGCGCCACCACCAGCCCCAGGGCCACUGACACUGUUCCAGCGUUUUGGAACACGAGUAACCAGAGUGUCGAAGUAGAUCACACAGGUGAGUUGGACUCUGCGCCCACAGCUCUCGACCUGCUCGUCCUCGAGACCGUGCUCUCCUUCUUCCUUCUGCUGCUGCUGGUUUGGUUCCUCAACCGGGAAUUCGAGGUCAGCUACCGCCUACAUUACCAUGGUAAUGUGGAAGCCGACAAGCAUCGCAUCAAGAUUCAGACCAUGCGAGAUCAAGCGGACUGGCUGCUGCGUAACAUCAUCCCCAUGCAUGUUUCCGAGCAGCUGAAGGUGAACCAGAGUUACUCUAAAAAUCACGACAUUGUCGGGGUCAUCUUCGCAAGUAUUGUCAACUUUAGCGAGUUCUACGAAGAGAGCUACGAGGGAGGGAAAGAGUGCUACCGAGUACUUAACGAACUCAUCGGGGACUUUGACGAACUCUUGCGCAAGCCUGCUUUCUCCAAUGUAGAGAAGAUUAAAACCAUUGGUGCGACCUACAUGGCAGCAUCUGGAUUAAAUGCGCAGCAGUGCCAGGAGCAGGUGCACCCGCACGCUCACCUGCGUGCCCUCUUUGACUUCGCUCUUGAAAUGAUGCGUGUGGUGGACGAUUUUAACAAGAACAUGUUGGGUUUCAAGUUCAAGCUGCGAAUUGGCUUCAACCACGGGCCCCUGACUGCCGGCGUCAUUGGCACUACCAAGCUGCUUUACGACAUAUGGGGCGACACGGUCAACAUCGCUAGCCGCAUGGACAGCACAGGAGUGGAGUGCCGCAUACAGGUUAGCGAAGAGAGCCACUGUGUGCUCAGCAGAAUGAACUAUACCUUUGACUAUCGUGGCACUGUAAACGUAAAAGGGAAAGGGCAGAUGAGGACUUACCUGUAUCCCCAAAUGAACGAGGGCAGAUCGGGGUCCACACAAAGCCUGGAACAAUGCCAGAUGGACAGUGCCAUUGGGCAUUUAGAGCCCAACAUACUUUCCAAUAAAACAUCUGCCGCACCACUAAACCCUGUAUCCACUUCUCCUGAUGUUGCCUCUAUCAGUGGCCACGGUGUGCCUCAGGGCCGUGUAUUAGGCCCGUCUCAGAUUACAGAGGAGUUGCACCAAGACACUAAGGACACUUUUCCUGUCCCUGAGCUCAAAGAAAAGGAUUACGAGAGUCCUUAUCAACCACCAUCGCUAAGUGGUACACAACCUCCAUCAAUAGCACAACUGUACGCACCAUUGGCCAGACCAGAAACACCUUUACAAGGAGAGGAUGAUGAAGUAGAUGAGCAUACAAAGCUCAGGGCAGUGGAGUGAUUCAGAUUUCCUGAGCAGCGGUCCUUCCUUAAGAGCCAAUCAGCUGUUAAUAUCGAGGCUCUGCUUCCUUGAAGGGGCUUUUCCGACCACAACUGUUGGAGUUAGCAGCCUGUAUAGGGCAUAUGUGUCGAUGAUAUGACCUAAAUAGAAAAAUGGGUGCGCUAAGCAUCUGCUGUGUGGAUCACAGUGUAGCACAGAGGGGAAAAUGGAUUUAAUAUUUCUGAUGGUCUCAAAUGAUUAUUUUUUGUUUAUAAAGUGCCUUCACAAUAUGUAAAACGAUUAAGAUCAGUCAAAUGAACAACUCGGAGAUAUUUGAACAAAUAUAUCAGCAUGGCUUUUCGAAAAGAUCUGGACAGUGGAAAAAUGCUGUUUUUCGUAACGUAAAAAUUUAAUAUAUUACUACACCUCUUAUGCCAUAUUCAUUAUUUCCCUUAAUUUCAGUGUUUUUUUCUCUCUCAAAAUAAUCAAAGUGCCGGUAGCUAAUUAGGACAGGAUUACAGGCGAAUACAUUAUGGUUAUUAUAAUGAAUAUACAGCGUAUUAGUUUCACUACUCAUUGGGCAGUCACCCACAUCACAUUAAAAGAAAACCAAGGAAGACAAGGGUGGAUAGAUCGAGAUGGGCUUCCGGCACUUCUGUCCACAAUGCCCAUAUUAAUAUCUAAUAUAUCUGGCAGCAAAUAAUGUAGCUUUUAUCAAUAGAAGGUAAAAGUGUCUCACGCACAAUAGCACCCUAAACUCAUGAAAUGAGAAAAACGGCACAAUCAGCCUUAUUUGUUUGAAACGCAAUCAAGAAAGAUGGCAGAAACCAUGCUGUGCGAUCUCUCCACUUCAUUAGAGGACACAAGGGCUGGUGAUUUGUAAUGCAUUCAGAAAUUCAGAGUGUAAUGUUCGUUGUAAACAUGU